UGUUCAUAUCAACAGCUCUGUUAUCUACUGGUUAUCUUGUUAUCUAUCGUGGUUAUCUAUGAUAUCAAUCUGUCAUCUGUCUAAACGACCGUCAAAAUAUUUAAUUUUCUAUAGAUCUAUUUAAUAGUUAAAAGCUGUGAAAGGAUAUUAUGGCUUUAUUAUUAAGGUUAACUGGCAACCAAUUAUUAAGACAUCAAAGCAAAACAUUAUGUAAAUUUGUGCGACCCGUAACUCUAAAACCUUCUCAGUAUGUUCCUCCAGUGCAAAUGGGUCAUGACGAACGAAAUAUGAAACUGGGGCGACCCCAAUCUCCCCAUUUGACAAUAUAUAAGCCCCAACUAACAGCGAUGCUCUCAAUAUCUCAUAGAGCAACAGGUAUUGUUUUGGCUGGUUAUGCUGUAAUGUUCAGCUUAGCUGCAGUUUGGUUGGAGUGCCCUAUAGAGUAUUAUAUUGAACAAAUUAGAUGUGCCGAACUAGGACCAGCUUGCAUAUUUGGAAUAAAAUUCACUCUUGCUUUUCCAUUGCUGUAUCAUUUCUGGAAUGGCAUUCGCCACUUAUUGUGGGACACAGGACGAUUUCUUACCAUUAAGGAAGUUUAUUUGACUGGAUGGACUAUGCUAGCCGUGACUAUUGCAUCUGCAAUAGUCUUGUCUGGAUACUAAAUGUUGGUAUUUUUUUUUCAAAAUUAUUGUUAUUUAUUUUACAGUUAUGUAAUUUAAUUUUAAUAUUUAAAAUUGUAUAAAUUCGAAAAUCUAUAAUAAAAGCCAUUAAUUUA